AUGACUCCUCUUACCACCGCUAAACCCAGGCGGCGUUCGAAGACCAUGCUCUUCUCAAACCUCUCUGCCAUGUCCCUGAUAUUUCAAGGGCUUCCUGGGGUAUUCUCCAAGCCCACGUGUACUGAUGAAACAUUCAGUUCCGUGAAGCUACAGAACGCAGAGAUUAUCUCUAUCAAUGCCAACGUGUUGAGUAUCGAACUACCAGAGUGGCCAACCAACGAGUGGCCAAUACCCCCCACGGACCCGAUUACCGUGUGCAAGGUUGUAGUCCAGUACACUCACCCUGGUUGGAAUGAUACCAUCAACGCAUACGUGUGGCUCCCAGUCUCGGACUGGAACGGGAGAUUCGUCGGUGUCGGCGGAGGAGGCUGGUCAACUGGAGAUAUUCCAGAUCUUGGACCACCAGCUUCAAAGGGAUAUGCGGCUGUGACAACCGAUGGUGGUCGUCCUAUGACAAACCGACAGGAGCUUAGUUGGGCCCUCACAAGCGCUGGUCAUAUAAAUUGGCCGCCUUUGCAAAACUUUGCAGCUGUGGCUUUGGAUGAUGCAACGACUCUGGGAAAGGCUGUCACAAAAGCGUACUUUGGUAAAGAGCCAGAGUACUCGUAUUGGAAUGGAUGCUCUACGGGUGGAAGACAGGGUCAUAUGAUGGCUCAGAGAUACCCAACUCAGUACAACGGUGUCCUGGCUGGAGCAUCAGCUUUUAAUUGGGAUAGGUUCAUUGUGUCGGAGUAUUGGCCUCAACUUGUUAUGCACACUCUCGGUAUAGUCGUUGUCUUCCAAAACGCGCUUGACGCCAUCACCAAGGCUGUGAUCAAGGCAUGCGACCCCGUUGAUGGAGUCGAAGAUGGGAUUGUGUCAGACUCAGAUGGCUGUGACUUCGAUCCCAUGUCGGUAGUGGGAACAGAAGUUACAUGCGACAAUCCUUCAGGCAACAUCAAAGUCUCAGUGAAAGCAGCCGAGAUCGCCCGUCUGACAUGGCGAGGUCCCCAAACUGAAGAUGGGAAGUUCCUUUGGCAUGGGCUUGAUAAAUCCGCUCCCCUCUCUGGAUUGGCAAACACGACUUGUACCUCUUUGACAAACUGCUCCUCGAGUCCCUUCGCCAUCACCCAAAACUGGCUAACCACCUUUAUCCAACAAAACCAUUCAGCUGAUCUAAACGGCAUGUCGCACGCAGAGUACAGCAGACUAUUCCGCCAAUCUGUCAACCGUUUUGCCUCGGUGAUGGGCUCAGCCGAUGCAGAUUUGACCGACUUUAAGAGAGCAGGAGGAAAACUGCUCGCUUGGCACGGGACAGCAGAUGAGCUUAUCCCAUACAAGGGAUCUGUGGACUACUUCAACCGUGUGCUUGAAGUAGACCCAGAAGCGACAGAGUACUACCGCUUUUUCGAAGCACCUGGUGUUCAACACUGCAAAGGUGGCCCUGGAUGGUUCCCAGGAGAUGCAUUUGAUGCCCUCGUUAGGUGGGUGGAAAAGGGCGAGGCUCCUGAGACUUUAUAUGCAGAGACUGUUGGAACCGAGAAGAAGAGCGCCGUGGAGCUUUGUGCAUACCCUAAAAAGUUGACGUAUCAAGGAGGUGAUGCAAGUCUUGCUUCAUCAUAUGGCUGCAAAUAG